AUGUUCUUGACCACCCAGCACAGUUUGCUCCUCUGGACUAGUCUCUUUAUUGCCUUGCCCGGCGCACUUCUAGCACCUACCAAGGGGCCUGAGUGCACCAACCCGGCUAUUCGUCGGGAGUGGAACACUCUCCCGCAGUCCCAGCGGGAUGCCUUUCACAACGCAGUCAAGUGUCUGCAGACCAAGCCCAGCAGAAUAGAGUCUGGAGGAGUGAGCAAGACGCUGUUCGACGACUACACCUACAUUCAUCUUCAGUUAGAACCAUUGGUUCACAGAGUCGCUGCGCUGUAUCCUUGGCACCGUUACUUUACGUCUCUACGUGAGAAGGAUAUGAACGAGUGUGGCUACACGGAGCCGCUUCCUUACUGGGAUUGGACCCGCAACGCAGCCAGCGCGGCCGCUUUCAGAAACGCGACCGUCUUCGAUCCCAUUCUCGGGUUCGGAAGUCCCAGUACUCCUCAAGGCAACUCGACUGUGGUCUGCGUUGACAACGGCCCAUAUGCCGGAUUCCAGUUGAACGUACCCGAGCCACAUUGCCUGGGACGUGGCUUCUCCGUAGACGAUGAAAUGGUCGGUAACUGGACAAGCUCGACGGUAAACACAAUCCUGGAAUACCCAGACUUUGUGCGCUUUUGGAACAACUCGGAGAGUCAACCUCACAAUCUUAUCCACCUGGCAGUCGGCGGUGAUUUGUUCGCAAUUUACUCGCCCAACGAACCGCUUUUCUUCCUGCAUCACGCGCAGGUUGACCGUCUGUGGACGCUCUGGCAAGGCAGAAACGCCACUCGGCUGUUAGACUACCAGGGAAAUACCAUCCAGAAUUCGACUGUCUUCAACGCGACUUUGCAAGACACGCUAGACUUUAUGGGACUUGGGGAUAACCGAUCGGUCGAGAGUGUGAUGGACACCCUGUCGAACGGGCUAUGCUACAAGUACGACGACGACGAGUGA